UCUUGGUCAACUCGUUUCCUUUUUUGAUAUCAACAGUGAUUACACCGCUCAUUCUUCUUGAAACACUUCCUCACCAGUUUUUUUUCAGUGCGAAAUAGCCACGAAGCACAAGUUUAUUGACUGUUAAAUUUGCAUGAAUCGUGAUAAUCGUUCUUACACGAUGCCAAGUGAAAUACGCUUCCGGGUAAAAGAUUACAAUGAUUGCAUUAGUUUUCUUGAUAACAGAGCUUGUUCUUUCGCCUAGUUCAUCAUCAUCGUUGGAAGGAGGAAUGUUCACAUGCAAGAUUCCUUCAGUAAAACUCAAGUCAAAUGUGAUGCUGACGUGUUAUUCUCCAGAAAACUACACUGACGAUGGCCACAACGUAUCGGUAUACUUUUACACGCAAAACAAGGCAAAAGAACUAGUGUCUUGCCAACGGAAGCCUGACGGUUUGCAUUGUGUUGCAAAUCGCGGCUAUGCUGUGGAUUUUGACGGACAAGGUCUUUUUAGGCUGACAAUCAGUACCGCCUUGGAGGAUCAUGAAGGGUUGUACAGCUGCCAUAUUAAGGGUCUUAAAGAUGUUCGUUAUCAAAACUGUUCGUUCGUGCUUCUAAAAGAUAAUGAGCCAACAAAAACGGAACAAGGUAGAAGCUCAGCAGUGAACUCAUCUUGCACUAUUGAAAGUGUCAAAGAAAUGGAACCUGCAUCGCUAACAUGCAAAUUCAGCACUGAUGUAAAUAUGUCGAAAACACACUUCAAAGUAGUGCAUCUUAAUGGACAAAACAAUACAGCGGAUGAAAUUGUGAACUGCACCUGGAUUAAAGACAAACUGAACUGCACUAUAGCCCCGGGAUACGAGUUUAAUAAAAGUGUCACAGAUCGCCUCGUGAUCAAUAUACCUCAAGCAACUUCUAAACACAGCGGAACAUACUCUUGUCGUGUGACUGGGUCUCAUCUCGAAGACGAAGCGUGUGAAUUUAACCUCAUACCAGAAAAAGCGUUCCUAACCCAUUUAUGGAAAAUAAUUUAUCUCAAUCUUUGGAUUCUCGUUCUCGUCCUCGUCCUCCUUUUCAUCAUCGUCGUCUUCCUCAUCUUUGUCGUCGUUCUCCCUGCCUUUCAGAAAACAUCAACGUGGGCAUGCAGGAGAAAAAAUGAUAUGACAGAGGAAAAUUCUUCACUAAAAAAUGACAAUGAAAUGACAUCAAUGCUACCCAAUGUCAGAGAGGAACUCAUUUAUCCACCCGAUACAAGAGUUUGGCAACAGUGGGCUCAUGAUAACCUUCCUGAUCUUGACUCUCGCUCCUACUUCUUGCCAUUGGACUACAAAGAUCUGAUUGCUGGCCAGGAUACUCAGUCUGCACGUAACACCGAUACUAAUUUUUCUAUUUCCCACCGCAUUCCUACUCAUGACAGUGAGUUCGGACGUGAAUUAACCAUGCAAAGAAUUAUCUUUUGUUUACGGAAACUGUUCGUGCAGAAAGAAGAACGUUUGGUUGGACUGAGUCAGCUUCAGUUUGGACUGUACAAGGAUGGACCUUGCUACGCUGCUGCUGCCCGUUUACUCUUACCCGUCAGCGACACUCUGUCAAGAAGCUGGAAAUCAGGAUGCUUUGAUUUGCUUCUUAUUCACCCAAUUUAUGGCUUAAUCAUCUGUGAGGUGUUGCCUUUUGGUGACUUUUCCAAAAAAGUAUGCAUGUCGGAAAAGGAUAUACACUAUAAUGCUGCCAGGAAAUUACAAUUAGCCGUGUUACAGUUAGACAAAGUGGAGGAUGUGUUGCCAAAACUGGCAUCAAACAUCGCUAUGAGUGUUCGCAUUACUAAGACAAUUGUGGUCCCUAACCUAACGUCUCGACAGAUACAGCAGACCAUCUCUACCAGCACCGAGUUAGCUAAUAAUCUCCGUCGCUGCCUGGGAACAAACACUUCUGACGCCAUUACUGGCUUAUGUCUGUGCUCUGAUCAGUUGUCUGACCCCAAAACACCGUGUGACGUCAGUAGUCACGUGCUGAGGGAACUCGGACUCUGGUGGCAGCGACGUGUGACUGGGGCUGGACCUGACCCUCACAUGACACAGGAUGUGUAUAAGACUCUAGUAUCCAGCUUCUGUGGUCCGGCGGUAACAACAACUGUAUCAUGCACAUCUCCUCCACGCCUGGGUCAGGCCGUGUGGUGGACAGGAGAGUGCUAUACUGCUGUAAUCACACUCUUCCCGGAGCAAGUUCACCUGCUACACACGGCGCCUCCCAGAAUCUAUCUCACUGGACCGCCCGGUACAGGUAAAACUGUGGUGCUGCUGCUGAUGGCCAUACAGUGGCUUUGUUGUGGUCACGACGUUUACAUUGUCAGUACGUGGUAUGGGAGUCGUGCAGCGUGCAGCAUGUUGUAUCACAUGAUUCUGCAAACUAUAGACACACAACAAAGAGAAACCUCAUCACCCGGGUUUCUUUACAUCCUCAAUUAUGAUUUUAAUUUCUAUGAAGAUAUGAGGAAGGCCGUAGACGACUUGUCACAUUCUGCAAAUGAAAAGACGCUGCGUGUCAUCGCUGAUGAAGCCGGACCUAUGACACAUUUCCAGAACUUCUGUGGUGUUCUGCUUAAACGAGUUCCUCAUUUACAUCUUUGGGCGACAUGCUGCUACCAUAGUUCCCCACCCGUCGGCUGGCAAGAGAAACCUUUAACCAGACUCCUUCGAUGUCUGCCGGACGUCGACAGGAAAAUGGUGCAGAAUAACAUAGUUAACUCAUAUACUGGUGUCCAGGCAAACAGUGCACGUAGUGUGUCCGACAACGUGCAGCUUCUGCCAGUCAAACAACUCUAUCACGGAGGUCAGGGUCAUUUGAAUUCGAGACCAAUUGAUUGUGUCACGUGCGGUCGUGAGAUGGCCUGCUUCCUACACAGUCUUCGUGCUGGUGUUUCGGAUGAUGUAGCGACAAUAUCUACGACCGUCGCCUCCACCAGAUAUGGUACAGCACCACCCUCCCUGCAGUGGAAAGACAUGUUGAUGUUGUACCAGACAGGUGUAACUGAGAACGCCUUCAUGGUGGAGGGACUGAGAGAAGCGGGUAUCCCAGUUCGGGUGAUGAAGGAUGAGGACAUCGAGGACGUGGCCACGGCCCGCAGUGACGUGGUGUGGGUGACGAGUGCACAUCGUGUUCGUGGUCUGGAGAGAAAAGUCGUAGUGUGUCUGGACCCUGAAAGAUAUGACUUAUCAAACAAAAAUUACUUUUUGUCUCGUUGUACAUCUCAUCUUGCUAUUGUUUCCCUUGGCUCAUAGAUUUAUUUAGGUGUAGACUGUGUACAGGUAUAAUUGGACCAGAAGACAUAAAACAAGUAAGAUGGAACGUGGUAGCAAUCAGAAGAGACUGCAAUGACAAAAACUAAAUUUGUUACCCAUCGGCUUUAGUGUAAAAAGCGGUAGAAUAAACCGGUUGUGUGCGCACACGUGUGAAGGCAUUCCAUGCACUUGCCACUUCUAUAUUUCAUAAUAUCGGAACAACUCCACAUACUCUACAAUAACAAAGUUUGCCUUCGACUGUGCUGAUCGUGUUUUUUCUCGUUUUUCUGGACAAAGGAUUUCAGACGAGACAACAAAAAUUAUUUCUAACUAUUCGCCCUCAACACACAUCUACGUUCAAAAAGUACAAUUAGCAACAGACACACACCGAUCAUCAAGUAUGAGAUUACCGAUGAAAACCAAGGAGAAUAAAAACACUAAAAACACCAUACACAAGUUGAAAGUGUACAUGGUACUCUCAGUAGUAUUUUCAAAAUUACAUGAAUUAAUCUUCACCUCACAUCAGGCAUCCCCUCAUGAAAUGUUCCAACAUAUCAAAAAGAAUGUUUUUAUUUAUCCGAUCAACUUCUCUGUAGAUCAAAUUUCAAUAUUCCCUGAAAUCUAUUCACUCCAUCACUACAUUAUACACUUUAUUACCUACAACCCACUGUCCUAGAGGUCUGAAUUUUUCAUUUGUUGCUCAUUUCCAAUGACAUGGCAAUAAGAAAUCAUUUUCAGUUGUCCAAAAGUGCUUGAACUGGUUGUACUGCUUGUACCUUAAAUUUUGUGGGUAAUGCACUGAAACCAUUUUAUUUUGUCUCGUAAGUUUUGAACUGUAAAAAUUAUUUUCUGCCAAGGUAACAGGAUAUUUGUUUUUCCCAAGAUAACUAAACAUUUCUUUUAUUAGACAGCGCUGUUUCUCAUAACCCUUUAUCACCGGUUCAUAUUGCCACAGAUGUAGCUGUUUAUGUUAACAGCUCACUUCACACGAUUGUUAUAGCAAUAUUAUCAUGUGACAUUUUACAAAUUUGUACUGAUUUGUAAACAUUUGCCUAUAGUUACAACUGUAGCCUGACCGAUCUCCUUUCUCACUCACGUGAACACCGCGGUCCCUAGCUCCAGAUCAGUCUGCUCCUCUUUAGUGUUCGAAGGAAGAGGACGGGAAUUUCAAAGCAAAAUUUCCUGCUAAAAUACUAGCUCUCCUUCGUCGGGAGCGCUAUGUAAUCUGCAUCGAGUUGUGUUUUUUAUCUACAGACAUCCGCACUUAGCUGACUUUGAAAUUCACAGAAGACCUUCCUUUUUCCUUUUCUCCUCUGUGUCGCUCAAGUACCGUGUCUUCUCUGCUACGUCAUAAGUCGCGUUAUUUAUUUAAUAGUGAGCAUGUUCAUAGUGGCGCUCUUACUGACUUUGUUAGCUGGUUUGACGAACACUUCCUUGUCUUUAAUGCCUCAAACACUAAGGAAAUGAUUUUCGACUUUUGGAUGAACAGGCCUGAGGCAGUUCAUGAUGAUGUCAUCGAGGUAUUCGACUAUCUAGGUAAUAUCUUUGAUGGUAAGCUAAAAUGGGACAUCAACCCUGACAUCAUCCUAAUUGUGAGCCAACAACGUCUGUACCACUUACGGAAACUCAGAUCUUUCUGUCAGCUCUGACAUCCUCUCUCUCUUCUAUCAGUUCUUCAUUAAAGUCUCAUCCCUUUUUGUUUCAUCUCUUGGUUCCACAUCCUGACCCUAGGAAACAGGAACAGUCUUGUUUCUAUUGCUAAUAUCUGUUCCGAGAUCAUCGAAACUAGGCAUUAGUUUUCACUCUUAAUAUUUCUGAUGAAUGCGUGGGUUUGUGUGAGAUAGAGACCCUAUUUCAGCAUGUAAAUUUAUAUCAUCUCUCUUAUGUCAUGUAAUAUAUAUAUUACUGGUAGAACGAGCACUAUCUUGAAUUAAUA